AUGCCCUCGAAAUCCCGCGAGAAGGAUCACGAGAGGGAUCGAAGCUCGACAGUGAAGUCGAGAGAUAAGGACUCGAAGAAGGACAAGGACAAGGAGAAGAUACGUCAUUCGCGAUCGUCCCACGGAAAGUCGAGUGAGCUCUCAACCAAGGAACAGAGCCGAGGCGGCACCGUGGGACGCUCCGCCACUUCAUCCACAACAACAUCUACAAGCUCACGAAGACGCCGCAGGUCCUCAAUGGCAGACGUGGAUAGUGCUGGCCGGGGUGGUGCAGCUUCGUUCCUGGAGUCUAGGACUAGCUUACCCUACCCAUCAUUCUCGAAGGCUCACAGCAAAGAGGCGGUCGGAAGCAGGGACAACGUUGAUCGCGGCUUGAGCAUUUUGACGCCCGAUCCCACAGAUGUCGACUCAACCAAAGAAAAAUCCGGCUCUUCUGGGAAGGGGGCGUCAAAUGGGACAACUUCUCGGAGCGAUAAUCAUAAUGCGCCCCCGAGUCCGCCGCUUACGAGCGUGGACCAACGGUCGCAGCGCAAAGACAGUACUGCCGGGAACAGAUCGUCGGACGAGAAGGCUGGCGAAAAGGUGAAGACGGAGAAGACUAAGGUCAAGAUCAAGUCUCAGUCAUCUUCAAGCCUCAGUGCGAGGAAGGAUGAUAAGUCAAAGAGCUCCAAGCCCCACGGUGAAGUCGACUCGCCGCACCGAGCGGCUAGCCACAGGGCAUCGAGCACGAGAAUGCACGAUGAGGUGAAGCUGCCCAGGAGAUCUGCUACGACGUCUUCUCCGCGUUCCUCUCCCAGGCCUGCAGAGGCAGCUUCACAGGCCACAAAUGAAUCAGAUGCGACCUCUGUAGCGCCGAAUCAGCCACCAGCGUAUCAGAGACCUGCAACAUCCCACACAAGACCUCCAUCGCGGAGCCAGGCGCGAUCGUCCAUGUCACAUAGAUCAGACCUUCGCAAGCAGACACCUAUCGAGGUAUUCGUGGAGCCUAACAUUUCGCCCACUUCUGCAAGAUAUGGUGCUCCCCCGCCCCCGCCUCCGCCGCCAGAAAUGCCUAUAUCUAUUCCGAGAGUCGACUACCUUCUCCAAAAUGGUGGACUCAACUACAAAGUGCCGAAAAAUCUUUUAGCUGCUGGAGAGCCUCUCGGUAUGACGCAGCAGUCGUUCCAACCUCAGGUGGCCGUGGGGAAAGUCUUCGAGCCCUACAACCGGCUGUUGGACGAUUACACCCACAUUAUGACAAAAAAUGGCUCCAUUGCCGUAGCAACUGGCUACAGAUCAGUGGCUCGAAGACUGCUGGACCGGUUGGAGGCUGUUUUCGCGCGGGACAUAUCUUCGGAGUCAUGCGAAUGCUUGAUGUGCGAGAAUAGAGCCCCUGAUGAGCAUAUAUCAGGUGUUAGCUGGGGUGAGGUCCUGGAGCUGGUCUCUGGACGAAGGGAACUUCCGAAUUGGCCCCCUUUUACAAUCGCACCUUCGUUAGGUGACCGCGACGUUUCAGGCGAGGAACACAUUCCGAUGCAGAAGCUAGAUAUCGAUGUCCCUGAAGAAUAUCGGGACCAUUACAUCCGACAGUCGCGAAAGACAAAGCUAGCUGUCGACAAAUGGCUGACAGAACAGUCGGCUAGUGCUCCUGACGAGGUAGACGAUGAGACACUGACUUUCGCGAUAAUGACCCACCUAGACCCGGAGAAACGAGCUCUCUUUCGUGCUCUCCUCGGUCACUCGACCUCAAUACCUACGUCCCCGGCGCAACCAAGAGCACGACCUGCGGUGUUGAUGUCGUCCGGGCUAGCUAUUCAACGGUUGUACAGAUUGUCGUCCGUCCCCAGGGACCCGGAAACUGCCAUAUACAUGUUAGAGAAUAUAAAUAUGCAUAACGUUCUGGCGACCCUUGCGGCAAUUAGUGACGACGAAUGGGACAUUCUCAUUUCAGGCCGCUUUGAUGGAUUUCUACGCAGCGGAGCGGAGGAUGCAUUUAUUCCGUCAAUGUCAGGAUCUGUACCUCCAAGGCCGCUAAGUCAGUCAACAAAUCGGUCGACUACACCGUUCAACGGUUCCUCACGUGGGUCCUAUAUGGACGGCAGUUACCGUCCUGCAAGUCAGCCUUAUGGCACAAAUGGUGUUCCCGCUUCGUUUGGGGCUCCGAUAGCUAUGGAUGAAGAGACAGAGAUUGCGGCUCUUGCUGAAGUUGAGCGGGACAUUUAUCUCAGCAUGGAGGCGCUUGAAGAUGCUUUUGAGGUACUACAUUGCAAGGCCGAGGCUGUUCGUCGUGCACUGCGCGAACGAGGUGCUGGUCUUGCAGUGGCAAGCCAAGCUCGUCGUGGUUCUUAUGUUGAGGCGAGACUGGGUACACCAGCAUCCGCCCUUCAUUCCUGGGAAGAUGGCCCUGAAGAUGACGGCAUUGACGACGACAUGUCCCUUGCUCCGGAUGAUUCCGCUAGCAACAUCAGCUCUAACCGAAGACGACGUCCCAAGCGACGGACUGAGCGCCGCACUCCGGCUCCAGUCGAGGAAGAAGACGAAGAAGAGGAUGCUCACAUCAGCAGGCGUGAUACGAGGAGUUCGAGAAAGCGCUGA